CCCCCAGCGCCGCCUCCCCACGCCGCCGUCGCCGCCUCCAGCCUCAUCACCACCCACCGCCGCUCCUCCUCCCUCCUCUCCGCCGCUACCACCUCAGCCUCAACCCUCCGCCUCUCUCCUCUUCGCCACCACGCCGCCGUCCAACUCCCCCCUUACGUCGUUAGUAACCCCUAAUUUCGCCGGCGAUAAGGGCAAUGAGAGAAGUAAUGGGAGUGUAGUGCAUGCAAAAGCAUUUGUCAAAGCUCGAACCUUUUCUCCGUAGAGUGGUACAGGAAGAGGUAGGAAAAGCACUUUGCCGCUUUGUGCACUCAUCUUCUCCCAGCUAUGGAGGAACAUAGGAGUAAUUGAGGAUAGACCCCCAAUACUAAUGCCUAAUUGCGAAUGGUUGAGAAAAACUGUUGGCGUGGUUGCUGCAAAGGACUUGCCCGAUGCACCUUCAGAGGAAGAGUUCAGACUUGGAUUGAGGAAUGGCUUGAUGCUUUGUAACGCACUAAACAAGGUUCACCCGGGUGCAGUGCCUAAGGUUGUUGUAAAUCCUGGAGAUUCAGUAAUUCUUCCUGAUGGAGCAGCCUUAUCAGCAUAUCAGUAUUUUGAGAAUGUCAGGAACUACCUUGUUGCGGGGCAAGAUCUGGGUCUUCCUGUAUUUGAAGCAUCAGACCUAGAACAGGUACUGAAACAUUCUCUUCGAACUACUAGAGCUGGCAUGGAGUUCAUGCAAAUGAAGUACUAUGAAGAAUUCAGCAAUCUUGGCCAGCAUCUGUAUAGCCUUGCUCAUGCUGCUUCAAACUAUAGCAAAGUUCUAAUGGAGAACAGAAAGCUGUACAAUCAAGUGCAAGAUCUUAGAGUUGCCUGACUGUUCAUGUUGAAGGAAAAGACUUGACAUCUGGAGCUAUACUCCGCGGAUGCAUGCACCUUGUUUUGAUCUUGCCGGAAGUGAAAGAGUUGAUAAAUCAGAAGUCACAGGAGAAAGGCUUAAAGAAGCACAACAUAUAAACAAGUCACUUUCUGCUUUAGGGGAUGUAAUAACUGCUGUAGCCCAAAAGAAUUCUCACGUUCCUUAUAGAAAUAGCAAACUCACUCAGCUACUUCAAGAUUCUCUCGGUAA